AUGGAACCAUUUGUUCAAGUAUUCUUCGCUAUCGAUAAGGAUGGAACUGAGACAAUUUCAAUUAAAGAAUUACAAGAUUAUGUUACUGUCAAUAAACUUGAUGAGAAAAUGGUUACAAAAUGGCAACAACUGUUUGAUCCGAACAAAACUGGAAAGAUAACUUUCCCUAAAUUCUGCGAAGUCUUAGGUUUGAGUCCAGCACAAGCAGUUGCAAUGAAAGCACAACAACAACAGGCGGCAGGUCUUAAACUCCACCCUGAUGUCAUUGUCAUCUAUGAACAACUUCCAUUGGAUAAACAAGUAGAAAUCAGUAAUAAAACACGUGAAUUGAAUGCCACCUCGCCUAGGAAACUUGACGAAAAAGAACAAGCAGUCAAAUUGAAAGAAUGGUUAGACAAAACCUAUGGUAAAGCCUGGCAUGUUAUCAUUGUCAAAGGUUCAUUUUGGAGUAGCUAUUCCCACAGCGCCAAUAAGUGUUUCAUGUAUCGUAUAGGGGAAUUUUCUUAUUUAGUAUGGAGGACACCUGAUGAAGAACUCAACAGCAGUGAUUAA